GAGAGGACGGAGAGAGUGUGGGUGUGCUUGCAUCCACAGGGUUGCGAAUCAGAGGCAGAGGCAGAGGCAGCAUCCCUCCCUCAGACAGAGACUGUCGUCACAGACGACAGGAGGUGUCUCUUUCACAGCAGCAUCACUGAUGGAACUAGAGACAGCAUCAGCAGCCGGUGUUCACCUCAGCAACAAGAGUAUCCGAGGAGUUCCAGGAUUUCUUUCCAGGAUUGUAGAAGCUAAUGCUGCUUUCUCAUGCUGAGGGCUUUGGGAGGGGAACUGGGGCCAGUUUUUUUUAUCCACUUCCUCCCUCGCUCAUUCUCCUCUGCUUCACUUUCUCACUGAAGGACAACUCUGAAUGAACCUCCUGCUCACUGUGGGGGAGUGAGGAUGAACGGACAGUGAGUGAGAGACCAGGAAAGACAUAAAAGAGUGGAAUCAGUGGGUUUGAGCGAGUGGGAAAGGGAGAGAGAGAGAAGUGGGAGUGAUUGGUAGGGAAAUAGUAUGUGUGAGUGUGUGACAGUGAGUUAGUGUCAGUGUGUUUUGGAAGAUUGUGACUGAUGUGGCAUGGAUGAUCCGAGCUCAGCCUAGCCUGAAACUGUGUUGCUGUCAGCUCUUUUCUUCAGGGGGGAGGAAAGGCAGACCUGCACAUGGUUUCUAAUUCUGUGGUGAGAAAGACUGAGAAAAAGAGAGAAAGCACUCUGUGUUAGAAAGUGUUUUCUAUUCCUACUGUGGCUGGUAUGAUCAAAUCUGGUGUUGUGUCAGAUUUUCUCACACCACUAUUGGCAGAAGCGAUUUGAAUGGCCAAGUUCUCCUUUUUUAUCCUCUUCUCUUCCUCCCUGGAUCAAAAGACAUAGAAUUUACCUUCACUGGUCACUUUUGAAGAACACAGAGCUAUUCUAAAAGGGAAGAGGUAACGAGACUCUGCCAAUGUAUUUCCAACCAUAUACUUGUACUUAAGAAAUUGGAGAGAAUUGUUUCGGAAAUCAAGGAUGUGCCAUUCCAUCUAAUGCUCCGGAAGGGAUUACAUACAGUACUUCUUGUUGUGAGGAGCAUUCGUCACUCCCUUCCUCAUUGAGCACUUAUAUUCAGAGAAAAGUAAAGUUGGAAUAUCUCACUAUUUGGUGUCUACUAUAAAACGAGAUCUCCCAGAUUAAAACCGAUUCACUUCAGUGCUGGUCAAUUAAUUUCAGAAAGUAAGGCAUUGUUUGAAGUUUCCAUUCUCCACCUGGAUAGGAUUUUAUGAGAGUUCAGAGUGGACCUUCUGGCAACAUGAGGAUAUGUCCCUCUUAUACAUAGCACAAUGCACAAAUGAAUACAUAUCUCUUCUCUGUGUACACAUGGGAAAUUCUACAUCAUAGACAACAGCAUUCAGUCUGAAAUUACCCCUGAGGACAUUGUCCCACACAUACACACUAAACACAUGCUUCUUACACAGAUGCAGUGAAAUGAACCACCCCUCUACUUCAUCGCGUACAUUUUUUUUCUGUUUCUUGGAGUAUGGCGUGUGUUUCUUGGAUCUAACCGCCUAACCGUCCUUCAAUGAUUCCAGCAUCUUCCAUUUCAACCACGUCUCUCCCUGGAGCCCCGAGAUGGAUUCCUGCAGAACACAGCAAGAGGAGGCUUGACCCCAGACCCAGUGAGGUCUCACGGCUGCCCCAGCAUUUUUAAGAUGUUGAACCCUCCCUGCACGGCCCGAGCCCCAGAUCGGAUCAGUAGCACUGCGGCUCCCGGUGGCCCCAGACAUGGAACGUGGCUCGGCUUGCCCCUGCCCUCAGCGCUCCACACUCCGGCCCGUGAGCAGCCUGUGAAGGAUGUCCCAGAGCGGAGCUCCGGCCCGGGAACCCUCUGAGACCCCCAGUCAGAGAGAAAAGAUCCGCAGCCACAUGAAAAUGGUGAUCGUGCAGUUAGAAGGAAUUCUCACAGAGCUGAAAGAUGUGGCACAUGAACUGCGGGAGGUGGUGGGUCAGAUCGACAAACUCACAUCAGAUUUUGACUUUGACCUGGAGUCAGAUGAUUGGACGGUGGCAACAGCUAGCAGCACUUCAAGUAGCGAGCGUGGCCUGGGUGAGUCCUUCAGAUUGGACUUCCUCAGCCAGGACAUGCUCUCGGACAGCUGGGAAUUUUGCAACUUCUUGGAGGCGUCUAAUGCAGCAAACCGGAGAGCACACAUGGAGGAGGUGGAUGAAGUGCAAGGGGGGGCUUCAUCAGCCACACCUACACCUGCCACGGCCAGUGUCUACUCGCAGAUGAACGGGGGUCUCCCCAUCCUUAACGGACCUUUAAUCAUCACUCCAGACUCCUCCAGUGAAGAAGCAUCCAGCUCAACACACAGCCAGAAGACCUCUCGCACAUCCGGGACCAGAGAGAGGGUCCGUUUCAGUGACAAGAUCCUCUACCACGCCUUGUGCUGUGAUGAUGAUGAAGAUGAAGAAGGCGCAGAGGAGGAAGAUAAAAGGGAUUGUGGCACCCCAGACACGGACAGUGAACCCAGCCCGCUGGCUUGUUCACCCACGCCCCCUUUGCCCUCGUCAGACCAUCCGCCUGGUCUUUAUAACUGUCGGGAAACGGCUUCUGCGGGCCCCUCGCCCAUAAAGGUGCCGGUAGUGGGGUCUCACACGCUACCCAGGAAAGGUCUUCUUAACCCAGGCUGCCGGAAAAAACUGCUUAGAAACAGCAGCACACAAACAGUUUCGGAUAAAAGCACUCAAACUGUACUGCCCUAUAUUCCCACCAAACAGAAAACCAAGGGCCUCUGAGAGAACACCUGACUUUAAAUGUAAAAAAUUAUAAAAGAACGGACUAAGAAAUAUUGCAAAUAACUAUAUACGAUUUAAUAUGAAAUGCAUAGAUAAUAGAAUAAAACAAAACAAUACAUCAGUUAUUAAAUAAAUGAUAUAUGGGAAACUUUCAAGACUUGCUUAAGUCAUUUUAUGACUUAUGCAUUUGGAGGAGGAUAUCUUUUGCACAUAUUCAACAGAGUUGAGUUGAAUGAAACAGUAUGUUUUUGUGAGGUCUUGUAUUUAAAUAUUUUAUCAGAGGUUUCUUUCCUAUUGAGAGGUUCAGCUCUUUUAAGGGGUUAUUCAGUUUGACAUUAGUUUUAUUAAUGCAGAGCUGUGCAUUCUACAACUUUCUAUUCCUCAUACUGUAGUUAGGAAAAUUUUUGAACAAUGUUUUGUGUGCAUAUGACAAGAUCAAUAUAGUCUUGUCUCUGGUGUAUGGGCGGCUGCAAGGAAGAACACUGUGUGACUUGCCUUUGAUUUUUUUAUAAAGUAUUUGAGGAUCCUACCCCUAGUACAGACUGUUUGGUUUGGGUGAUGGGAUGAAGGGAUAAAAAAACUAUUAUUUUGAAGUGCCUGCUUUCCACUCUGACAUUUACACUCCAUCUCUUUCCUCUCUGUGGGGGAGGGCAAGGUCGUCAGGGGUGAUGACUUGAAUCGCAGCGCACAAAGCCGAGAUGCAAAAGGUUAUGUCUCCCCAUUCUUGAGCCCAGUGGGGAUUGUAUACUCAAUAGUACUGUGUUUUAUUCAAAGGGAUGUUGCCAAUAGCACAGCUGAUCGAUCCAAUGGGUUAAGGCUCGGUGAGAGGGCUUCCGUGCUGAGUCCCUGGCUCCUAGCUUCGAGGGUCUUUAACAAAAACCUGGCUCUCUGUUAGAGCUUUUGGUAU